AUGAUUUUUCAAUCUUUUAUACUGGAUAAUCUAGUAUUCUUAUGCAUGAAGAUAAUUAAUUCGAUAGUUGUGGUCGGACUCUAUUAUGGAUUUCUGACCACAUUUUCCAUAGGGCCCUCUUAUCUCUUCCUUCUUCGAGCUAGGCUUGUGGAAGAAGGGACCGAGAAGAAAAUAUCAGCAACAACUGGGUUUAUUACGGGACAGCUCAUAAUGUUCAUAUCGAUCUAUUAUGCGCCUUUGCAUUUAGCAUUGGGUAGACCCCAUAUAAUAACUGUCAUAGCUCUACCCUAUCUUUUAUUUCAGUUCUUCGGCAAUAAUCACAAAAACUUUUUGAAUUAUGGAUACAAGAAUCCAAAUUCAAUACGUAAUUUUAGUAUUCAAAGAAUCUUCUUUCAUAAUCUUAUUUUUCAGUUAUUAAACCCCUUUUUUUUACCAAGUUCAAUAUUAAUAAGAUUAGUAAAUAUUUAUUUGUUUCGAUUUAAAUAUUAG